CAAUAAAGUUGUGGUUUGGUUUUAGGAUGUAGGCUACGAUGUAAAUAAGAAAUAAGUUUUACAGUUAUAAAGAUGGAAGACGGAUAGAUAUUACAGUUUGUUGUUAUAAGUGUGUGCUGUAAAGGUCUUCACUUCGUGUUACGGUACCACGUAUUACAAACAAACAUUAAUUUUUAUCAAACAACAAUAAGAAGUGGCAUGGAAGAAUGUAUAUCGCUUAUGUAGCUGACGUUAUAUUGAUUUUUAUUUUUAUUGGAGGGCUCAGUGUUGCCAACCUGGAGGAUGGUGAGGUGAGAGUGGACGAGGGGGGCAACCUGACGCUGCCAUGUGUGGAGGCCUUUGAGACGGAGGUUGAGGACUAUCAAGUGUACUGGGUACAUGAGGGCCGAGCUAUAGAUGCCACUGUGCUGGACAACGACUCUCUGUUCCUAGAACACAUGCGCAGAGAAGACGCUGGCUCGUACAAGUGCAUCGAGGUUGACACCGACCGCACACUGAGGCAGAUCAAAGUCCUCGUCCGAACUCCUCCCCCUCGUCUGGUGAAUGUGACUGUUCAUGCCUCCACUAUCCUGGCACUGUUGAGGUGGGAUGUAGCUGACACUGGAGGCUACCCCAUAUCUCACUACACAGCUCAGUACAGACUCAAGCACAGUUCUCCUGAUGAACCUCCAGAUGAAUGGCACAAAGUCAUACCUGGCCGCAUCAGUCCCGUAGCGAGUCAGAUAGAUGUGUAUAAGCUUGAGCCAAACUCUACUUAUCUGUUUGAAGUCUGGGCAAGCAAUCAACUCGGGGAGGGGGAAGUAGUCCAGGUAGAGGGUACUACACAUCACGACUCUGAGGAAAUUGAACUGGGCCGCCACUUGCUAGAGGGGGUGGAGACAUUUGACACCAGGUACUGGGUAGCCGCAGUCGCUGUUGUCAUGGGUACACUCGUAGUGUUGGCACUGGGAACAUGCUACGCUCUCUACCGUGAAUGUCAUCUGCCGCUCAUCAUCACUGAAGGCGAGGAGGUAAUGGAGUUGGUUCCUCACAUCAUCCUCAACCCAGGGUUUCAUGACGAGAGUCGCUGGAGCGAUCCAGACGAGAACGCCAACGACUUUAGAACCACACGACUCAACAACAACCAUGUCGUUCGACCUUUCCGCGUCUGACUACACAACGAAGGAAGUGCCACAUUGGAAAACCAUCUUUGCGACGGUGUUAUAUUUUCUAGUAAUUGAAAAAGACUAUUUUGGUUUGUUUGGCGAAUCACUGCAGGCUUACCUAACUGCUGAUAUUGCUUGUUUUGGAAAAAUUAGUCCAAAUCUACUUUGGAAUCCACAUGUAUUGUAAUUGAUAGUGUUUUAUGUAUGAUGCUUUUUUAGUUUUGCUAUUCAUAAUGUUAUAAAUUUAUUAUUUAAAUUUUGUUACAUAGUGUUGUAAAGCAUGCAAUGCAAUGUAUUGUAAGCCAAAUGUCAGAAAUGAAAGCCUAGCUCGUGUAUCAGUCAAUCAUGUAGAUAAUUUGUAAACGUUUUUUUUUUCUUUUGUUUAUUGUUUACAAAUGUUUAAAGCAAUUUAAUAUUCAUCAGAUUCUGUAAUUGAUCAAAAAAACUGAAGAAUGUUUUUACUGCAAUAACUUGUGGAGAUGGUCUUUCAAGUAUUACUUCCUUGAAGCAUUGAGGACUUUUUGCGACUGAUUGUAACAAAAUUGACUGACGUAUAAAACUUGUUGGUUCCACGAGCCAAUGUUGUUGUAGCGUUAGUCUACGCUUGGCGCCGACUUUUGUGGCAGCUGAGAGCUUAGUUCACCUUGUUAAGCGUUACUGAUAAGCACCCAACGGCCAACACUAGUAGAUGACAAAAUAAACAAAAGAUGGUUCAAUGUGUCCCUCUAACUCAGAAUUAACUACCAAGGAAAAUAAUACUAGCCUGUAUUAUUAAUCAAAGCUUUCAUCUUUCAAAGCUCCAGCUUAGAUUUUCCUACAACACUGUACAACUGAUUAGUGAGCAUCUAAAUUUAAAUCCCUCUUAAACUGUUUCACAUAAAUUGUCUUAGUGAAUGAUGUCAAUAGUGUACAAUUGUAUUGCCUAAAACUAAAUGUAGGCCUAGGAUUUACCCAACCUCUUCAAGAUUAUGUCUUAUCUAAAGUUAAUGGAAAUUGCUGUUUGGAGGUUAUUCAGUUUUAUUGAUAUAAAGGAUAUACAGAGCCAUAGAAGGUGUUCAUGCUGGUUUGGGUGAUAUAAGCUCUCGUAUACCACGCAAGUAGUGCCCAGUAUAAUUGUUGAUUGCCGAGGAAUACUCAGUGCGAGAGGCCUUAUCAUCAUUGACAGAGAGUGCCUCUCUGUUGUCGCUGCUCAACAGUGUUGUUUCUGUGUUCUUGGUCAGUGUUACAACACCGGAUAGAAAACCCUUAUUUGAGAUCAAAAAUCUUGUUUGAGAUCAUUCUUUUUUUUAAACCUAUUAAAUUAAUUAAGAUGACAAAAUUAAGGGAAAUGUUGCAUAAUGGAGCACUGAUAGGCCUACUUGAGUUUGAUCAUUAUGUUUUCUUUUAUUUUGUUUAGUGCUCAUUUUAAACCAUAUUUAAUUCAUUUGAUAUUGUGUAAUAACAAUUUAAAUUUGUUUUCAUAGGUUACACAAGCUGUUUUAUAUUGUUUUAACCACACAAACAAAUUUAACACCACUGAGCAUGGUGGUCAGUUUUCCAGUAAACAUCUUUUUUCUCCUUAUUUUACUGACUGUUUUUAUUUUAUCAACUCCAGACUAACAAGUGAUAAAUAUAAUAAGACUACAAUACUAGACGUUGUCAUCAUGAAAAAGAUGACUUACUCGGUUAAAUAAUAAAGACUUUCUUUCAGAAUCAUCUCUGAAAAGAAUCCUUUAUAAAUGAUAUGUUUAAGAAAUUAGUUGAAAAUAAUUUUCUCAAGCCGGUGAGAGUAGGUAACACUGAUCAGUCUUUCAAACGGAGCUUUUGGCAGCAGUUUUGUCACCUAUUCACUUUUGCCAAUUCACUUCCAAUAACCCAUGACAUAACUAUAGUUAUAUUCUAAACAUAGGAAACUAAAUUUUAUAAACAUUAAUGGGGAGUGAGUUGACAAAAGAUCCCCUAUUGCCUUCCUGCAAAUUUGUACAAGGCUCCUAGUCAAAUGUGAUUUGUAUUUUUGGAAUUAUUGCGCCAUGUAAGUUUUGUAUUUUUAAUAUAAGCAUACAUGUAAUGUCAAUGGAUCUUUAUAGUUUUCAAACUACUGCUGAAAUGUUUGUGUUGUAGUUGUGUUUAUUCACAAAAUGUUCCAACUCCAACCUGUUGUCAAUACUUGAACUUGAUAUGAAACAAAAAUUACAAGAAAACUCAAAAUAUGAGCAAGAGAGAGAUUUCUGAAAAAUUACUUGUUUGCUAAUCUGUGGAUUUGAUUGGUAAUUAAUAAAUUUACCCAUACAAACAUUUUUUUUAUUUGACGGUAUUACAGUGCAAAAAAAUAGGUUUGUACCCAAUGACAAAGUACGGUAUUCCAAAUAUGUAACAAAAAUUAUUUGAAAUGCAUAAUUAGUUAUAAGUAUAGUCAAAGUCAAUCUUGCUGAAGUUCCAUUACUCACAUCCAUACAAUAAGUAAUAAUAAAUUCCAGAAUUAAGGAAAAUUUAACAUUUAUACUGUUAAUCUGAAACACAACUUUCCUUGCACAAAAUCAGCUGAUUGGAGGUGGGCAAGAAACACCAGAACACUAGCAGUGGUAAACAAACUAAAAAGAUCCAUUUUCAUCAUUGAUGAUGUUUUGGUUUGGACUCAAGGUACUAAGAGACUGUGUCGAUUUGACAUAAAAUGAGAUUAGUAACCUCAUUUUAUGUCAAUAGAUCAAUCCUGGAGGCAAAUUAUGUAUAAAUGUGUAGAUUUGUUAAAUUGUAUUGUAGAAAUCAGAGGACAAUUUUACAAUUACAAGGAAGCUGUUAUUAUGCCUUUUUAGGUGGGAAACAUUGUCCAUGAGAGCAUUUUCUUUACCUUCUAUAAAUUCAGUUAAGUGUAGAAGUCAAAUUUGUGUAAAAAGUUGAAAAUUAAUAUAGGGAUUUUGUAGUAACAGAUAUAAGGUGUAGGCCUAAUUCUAACCAUCUGAGGACUAUUAAUAACAAGCUUCUUUAAAAAUGUAAUUUGAUUGAAAAUAUCAAAGUCGAGUCUGGUUAUGUUUGCUCCAUUUUCUAAAUGACAUGGUGUCGUGAUUACAAGUCCGUAGUUCUUGGGUCUACCAUUCGUCACUUACCUGCCUGUAAUGUACUCGAUGUUCAGCACUUAGUGAUACCGUAAACGUAAACUAUAGGUUAGGUUGUAAGCUAAGCUCUCUUUUUACUAUCACUUGUUUUAGUAAGUUUUUUUCUGUAUUAUUGACAUUCGAUCAUUUUUUAUGGUCUCUCACACAUCUUACUUCUCUCUUGUUCUAAAAAUAAUAGUAGGCCCUAUGUAUAUUUUUUCUAAUAUUUGUUUACAAAUGGUUUUGCUUAGUGCAUAAUACAAGAAACAUAUUCUCAAUCUUUGAAAUUCAUAUAACCUAAGUAUAAUAAAUUAGUUUUCCAUGCCUUCCAUAGUAAUAACAAUUAAAGUAAUUUUAUAGAAAUACAUUUGAAAACACUAUUUACUUGUAGUACUUUCACUUAUUCAUGAACUUUUAAAAUUGAGAUCAUGUUUCAUACAAUGUACACCUAACUCAAUAAAUGAGCUUAGAAGAUACUUUAUAGUCAAGUAUACACAGGGCUGACCCUAAGACAAAUUAGCAAUCAACCUAUCAGUGUUUUAUUUUUUAUUUUGCUUGACUUACUUAACUAGAAGUUGUUCAUCUUGAAAUACAAUAUUUUCCACCAUAUAUAGCUUAGCUAGGGUCAUCUCUGUGUAAAUGUUUGUCUUUCAUUUUGGUAAUAAAGUUUUUAUACGAAUAACUCCCAAGUUUUGAAAUACAAUGUAAUUUAAUAAUUUAACUAAUUAAUACUGCCUUGAUUUUCUAUAAUAUAUUUGACAGUGGUUUUCGCAAUUAAUAUUUAAAAAACAUUGCAAUUUGUUGUGUGAUAUUUAUAUUUUUUGUUGUUUAUAUUGUCUUAUUAGGUUUGCAGAUAUAAUUUGUGAUUUAUUUUACAUUUCUAAAUAAUAUUUAUACAAAUUUUUUACAUUACUGUACUCUAUUACCAUGACAUUACUAGACCUUCUCCGGAGGACCAACCCCCCACCACCACGCCGUGGGGCGAACGUGUUCUCUUGAGGGAACACUAUUACCGCAACGAUACCUGGUGCAGCCAUUGGUGUUCGUGGUAUAGUGGAUAGAGUACUCGGCUGAUGUCCAUGAGAUAGCCAGAUAGAAUCCCACCGGUGACUCUAACUUUUUGUCAAAGGAUUUGCUUAGAAUGUGAUUACUUCUUAACUAACUGUACAUCUUUUGUUUGAAUCUUUGGCAUAUAUAAUUUUAUUUUAUGAACAGAAAUAUUUUGUUUUCGAUUUGUAAACCUUUAUUUGGUUUUUAUCUUAUAUCUUUUUUAUAUUAUCAGCAAGUUUGGUUGGUUUAGUUAGGUUAUGAUGGUUUAGUAUUAUAAUUAAAAAUGAUAAAAUUAAUUUUAUAAUUUUUCUUAAAUCGACGUGAGGGGCUCUCCCACAAUCUCCCACUCCUUCGCAGAAGAGGUUCUCAUCGGUUUUUGACCAGGACCCUGAGAUGCUAGUCGGUGGGGGUAGGGGGGUCCUCCAGAGAAGGUCUCGUCAUGACAUUUAGUUAAACAGAUUGCAUUUAUGUUGUGAUCAAAGUGAAGUUAUAAAUGUUGCCGAGUGAAUAUUAUGUUGCCGAGUGAGUAUCUUGCCGAGUGAAUAUUAUAUGCUUUUUCUAGACAGUCGCCUUGCUUUUAGAAUACGAUAUUAUAACAAAUGUGAUAGUAUUUUUAAGUUGUAUGUGUUUAAUAUAUAUUUUUUUAUAUAAUUAAUUGUAUUGAAACUUAAUUUUAUUUGCAAUAAAGUUGAGACUUCCUGAAAUCAUAUCAAGAUACAAUAUUGUAAAUUUAAAUUUGGUUAGUUAAAACCGGAUUUCCAAGUAAUUGAUAUACAUUUUUUCAGGGGUUUUAUCUAUAAAUAUACAGGGUGUCCCUCGAGAGGUGUCUCAAAUCGAUUACUGGAAAACGGCU